ACGUGUACAAUGACGUCAAAAAUGGGAAAUCGAAACUGACAUGGAUUUCCCGAGUAAUGUAGAACAGAUGAUCUAAAGGCACAAUCUGUUGAAUAAAGUCUGGUAUUAACGCAGUACUGAAGCGAUCCUGUCCCACAGUCCUGACAUCUGAAGAGUUCACCGAGAAAUACACAACACUGUCGAUGUUAUACGGAACAUUGAUGGUUUGGUUUGGUGUGUUGUGUAGUCUGUUUGCAACAUCAUGACCCAUCCAAAACCGCUCUUCGUGCCCUGGUUGCGCCAACAAAUCCAAAGUGGACAAUAUCCUGGAGUGUGUUGGACCAAUGAAGAACUUCAGCAGUUUAGUGUUCCCUGGAAGCAUGCUUUGAGACAGGACUCCAACAGUGAUGAUGUCCUCAUAUUCAAGGCAUGGGCUCAGACUAGCGCUGCUGGAGACGGCAGGAUAAAUGGAGACCCCUCCGUUUGGAAGAGAAACUUCCGUAGCGCUCUUCGUGCUAAAGGCUUCAGGAUGAUAUUUGAUAACAAGAACGAUGCGGCUAAUCCGCAUAAAGUGUAUCAGUUUCCAUCUGAAGGUCUUUCUGCAGGAUCGGAAGGAUCUCAGGAGACUGAUUUAUCUCCAGAACUAUAUGUGGAGGAGGAAAACGUGUUCUCUACAAACCCACCCCAAGGUUUAGAGGGACAAUUCACUGGACUAAACCUGCAGGAAAGUCCCCCACAAGUCUAUGAAGUUUGGAAUCAAGAUCAGUUCUAUUUGGGGUUUGAGAGACAAGGACUUCUCCAAGAAAUGAAUCCAUGCAAAGAAUCCCCCGUUUACUCAGAUGACCAAUUUCAAACGGUGGACACUAAUGGACUCUUCUCUUCAGCUGGGGGUGCUGUUGGUGGUUUGGGGCAGAUUUCACCCACUGAGGGGACGACGGCUGUGAAUCAUCAUCAUUCUCCAGCAUAUCAGCAGCCGGUGGUGUGUCAACCACAUGGUGAAGGUGAUCAGGUUGCCGUUCCUGAACCAAAACUGGAGACAUUUUUCCAGAUUAAGGUUUAUUACAAAGGGAGGAUGGUGUUGGAUCAGUUGGUGGAGAAUGAUGUUGGAUUCAGACUGAUGUAUCAGGGGGAUGAGUCCAGUGCUGAUCUACCAGUGGUGACACUACCUUGUCCAGAAGAUAUCCUGGAUCAGAUCCAGGCCAAGCAUACGAAUGAUAUUCUGGAAAAUCUGGGCGGUCUGGAGAUCAGGAGAUUGGAUGGUGUGGUUUAUGGCCACCGCUGGGGAUCCAGCAGGAUCUACUGGGGUCUAUGCAAACAUGAACAAAGCCAAACAGCCAGAGAGCUCUCCAAAAACACACCUGAACCCGUCUACUUCUUCAGAAAUUAUAUAUCAGGUCUGAUGGAGUUUAUGCAGCAGACAGGCAGCAAAUCUCCUUCUUACUCUCUUUACUUCUUUCUGGGAGAGAAGUGGCCAGACCCCAAAAUGAAACCGUGGGAGAAGAAACUCAUCAUGAUAGAGGUUAUUCUGACUUCACUGGAGUAUUUUAAGAUGAUGGCUGUUGCAAAUGGGGCGUCUUCACUGCAGUCAGUGGAGCUACAACUCUCUCUGGAGCAAAUGAUGGAGCUGUGUGACACCAAGUGACCAAGUGGAAAGACUCCACUGAAAAUGGACUGAAAUUACUUCUUAAACAGUUUACUUAGUGGUGACUCAAUGGUUAACUGUAUUUAUUCAAAGUGUGUGGUUAUGUUGCUGGGCAGAAUUUCAGUAAUGGUACAAGAGAAUAAUAAGUGAUUCGGUAGAAAAAAAUACAUAGCGAAGUUUACAAGGGAAGUCGUAAUUUUAAAUUGGAGGAUUUCAUACAAGUUGUGCGCUAUAAUUAAAAGAACAAGAAUCAGUCAUUUCAAAAAUGCUAAAAAAGCCUGUUUUUACACUACUACAGUUCUCAUAACACAAUAUUGUGUCAGAUUAAAUGAACUUUUCACAAUG